AUUGCCUGUGUUGUUCAGGCUAUUAAUUCAAGUAGAACGUUUUGCGUAAUAUCAGCCCAUUGGAAGGCACGGAGGACAACAGUAACUGUAAACAUGAAUAAAUAAAGGAAGUUAAAAUAAGAGAUACCAACAUCAUAACAAUACUGUUUAAAAAUAAAAUAAACUGAAGAGCAGUGUCAAUGAUCAUUGUGGAUAACGACAUAAUGUGAUGUCCACGGCUAAGGACUGGUCACUCCAACAUGUCAGGUAUUAGUGGCGCGAGUCCGAUUAAGUGUGGUAGGCAGGAGCACUGCGAGAACCCCAUGCGAGUGGAGCUGUGAGCGUGGCGGAUGAGAACGCCGCGGCUAAAAGAGCUGUUAACUAGUGAAUGGCAAUCUCUCGGGGAAGUUCAACAGACCACUGUCACAGAGCAACACCGGAGCCCUGCGUAAAGCAAAGUGGCGCUUCUUCAAGAUUGGGGCGACUGACCAACUCCGAAAAGAGGACACACAAGUUGGGUCAGACUAGCUGUUAAUCACUUGUUACCGGCGCUUCGCUCCCAGUAACAUGCCUGCCAUCAAAAAGGAGAGACUGGAUGGGGACGAUAUGGCAUUGGCUGCCUUCAACCAGAGCGAAUACCUGGCUCCUUUAAAUGCCACCACUAUCCCCGUGGUGACCCCGCAUCCACCGCAAUACGACCAUUUAUUCGCCCAUCAUCGUGCGUAUUUGGGGCUCCGCGACUCGGCGCUGCAUCACCAUCACCAGCAGCAACACCUUCACCAUCACCCGGACGACUUAAUGCUGGAGAGGUUUUCUUCAAUCCCCGACUUUCAGCCAUUUUUUGACAACGGGGAACCAUGCAUCGAGGUGGAAUGCGGGGAGAACAAGGCUUUGCUAUACAUUAACAAACUGUGCCAGGGUAGUAAGGGACCCUCAAUCAAAUACCGGGGCGAGUGGCUCACCCCGAACGAGUUCCAGUUUGUCAGUGGAAGGGAGACCGCCAAAGAUUGGAAACGAAGUAUAAGGCACAAAGGGAAAAGUUUGAAGACCCUUAUGUCCAAAGGAAUCUUACAGGUACAUCCUCCAAUCUGUGAUUGCCCUGGGUGUCGAAUUUCGUCUCCAGUGAACCGCGGUCGUUUGGCAGAGAAGCGCACCAUCCCCCUGCCCCCCAACCGCGUGCCCAAGAGGGAGCUGGCCUCCGCCUUCAGCAGUGACGACAGCGAGGGUAGCGACCGCGCGAGCGGAGACCAUGCCCACAUCAAGCAGGAAGACGAGCUGCAUUACAGUAUCAUGAGAAAGGGUCGUGACAGUGACCUCUCUAAAAUCAUCUCCAACCUCCACCACACAAGACAGCACGGCAUGCCCGAGGACCAGCCAGCCACUGACCUCAGCACCAACACAGUACAGACAGAUGACCCUCUAGGCAAGAGGAGAGCCUACUCCCCCAACAGCAGCAGCGAGUGCCCGUCAGACAGCAAGAAGUCACGCAGCGUGUCCCCCAAAGAGAACUCCCACACCCCCGUGCUGGAGGGGGGCGGCCACAGUCACAUGACCCCGGAGGAGCACUACAGGCGGAUUAUGUCAGCACUGAACGAGCAGGGCUCCUACGAGGAGCAGCAACAGCGCCUCUACCAGCUGGCCAACAACAUGGGUCUUCCCAGCCAUGAUCUGCUGCGGGUGCGCCAGGAGGCCCUGGCAGCAGUGAGGAACACGGGGGGUAUGGAAGCCCACCUCCCCUCAGCAGGCAGCUCGUCAAGCCAGAGACGCAAGCAGGGCCUGCCCCAGCACCGAGACGCCCACUACUCCGAGAGGGAGAUGUCCCAUCCCCCACCUUUGCUGUCCCCCCAGAACGCUCCUCACAUCGCGUUGGGACCCCACCUGCGGCCACCCUUCCUGGGCAUGCCCUCUGCCUUGUGCCAGGCCCCAAGCUAUGGUUUUCUCCAGCCUGCCCAAGCUGAGAUGUUUGCCCGGCAACAGGAGAUGCUUCGGAAGCAGAACCUUGCCAGGUUGGAGAUGUCAGCAGAGUUGCUCAGACACAAGGAGCUGGAGAGUCUUCACAGGCAGCAGCAGCGUGUGCUGGGGAGCUCCGACCCCCUGGGCCUAGCCCAUGGCCUCCCCCUGGACCACCCUGCCCUGCGCAGCCUUCACCACCUGCCCGAGGGACACCCCCUCCACGAGGAACUCAGUCGACGCCAAAACGCCAUGCUGGUGCUCCGACACACCAACAGCCCCCUGCUCUCUCUCAACCACCAGGGGCCCUCAGGGGCCACAAUGCCCAAAGACACCCAGGGACAAAGCUGCGGGGCUCGGGGUGGAUUAAGGAAGGGGGCCUCCAGGAAAGGCCCCCAGCAGCCCAGAGGGGGAGAGCACCAAGAAAGGGAAUGCCGAGGGAGGGAGGGAGACACGGACGGUCACGAUGAUGAGAUGAAGGACUCGGACAGCGAGACGGAGAUGGGCGAGGAUAGGCACAAGGUCUUGGAUGGCAAGGGGCAUGGGCUUCACAGGGACAGGGGGAAAGAGAGCGGCAGGAAGGGGGGGUGUGACGGUGCCAAGGAGGCGGGCGAGGGCGAAGGUCGGCUCAGUGCCCCCUGUAGUUCGGCGGACGCAGAAUCACCACCUAGCCACCACCUCUUCACCCCAGGGCUGAGUAAGAGCGAUGUUAAGUACCACUUUCCACCUGGUGCCAUGCCCCCUCUGCAAGGGCUCCACGACCAGUCUCUGCCCUUUGGAUUCCCAUAUACCAGCCCCUACUUCCACACCGGUGGUAUGGGAGGUAUGUUCAUGGACGGCGAGGACUCAGCGGCGCCCCCAGUGGAGGACAUCAGAAAGUGGAGUGUGGAGGAGGUGUGUGGCUUCGUGGGAGGCCUGGCCGGCUGUGCCGAGUACAACCAGGUGUUUCGGGAGCAGGCCAUCGACGGAGAGACCCUCCCGCUGCUCACGGAGGAGCACCUGCUCAACAUCAUGGGACUGAAGCUGGGCCCGGCUCUUAAGAUACGCUCUCAGGUGGCACGGCGCGUUGGCAGAAUCUUCUACAUGACCAGCUUCCCGCUGGCCCUCCCGCUGGCGCUCCCGCCGGCGCUCCCGCCAUCUGCCCUGCGCCCCCCGGACAGGGACCUCCAGCCGUCCGACACUCCCCUGGCGCUCCCACUGCGGCCUCUCUCCGCCGCCAGCAGCAGCUCUUCCCCCUACAGCGCCCCCCCGCCCGCCUGUCACUCCUCCCCCAAGCAGGAGAAUGCCAACGGCUCUGUGUCGGGGGGCUACGAGGCAGCCAAGACCCCCUCAUAGGAUCCAACUGGCUGCACAGGGAAGGCACAGGGAGGGAGGGAGGGAGGGAGAUGGGUACAGAGAAAGCUCUGUAACAGACAUUGAAUUGACCCCCUUCCUCCCCCUUUGGGCAUGCACCGCCCUUUGGUUUGGGGAAUAAACUGUAAAAAAAAAAAAUAUAUAUAUAUAAAAGUGAACAAAAUAAAAAUGAACUAAAGGGACUAAUCAAAGCAGCCCAAUCAACUUCAAGUUCCACUGUGGUUGUAGCCGAGCAGAAUCCAAAGACGUAACAGGGCUGGAGGGAGAGACGUGAUGAAGCGACAGAGGGAGAAAGAGAGCGAGAGAGAGAGAGCAGACAGCUGGUCUCAGACAGCUUGCCAAAGAAAGAGCAAAGCCCCAGAACUACGACAUUCUUCUGAGUCAGACAGACGCUACCGGAAACUCUUUCUUCCUGGGCUGAAGAAGGAAGCCCCUCUCCUCCCUCUGUCUGCUCCCCAACAUACUCGGCGGCGCCCAGCACUUAAAAGAGAGACGCCUCUUCUCUCUUUUCUCUCGCUCUUUUCCUCCCCUCCUUUCUUCUCACUCCCAGUCUAAGGAGCCCAAACAGCUCAGAGGAACUGAGAAUUCUGGAGGCUCGAGUGAAAGCAUACACUGAAAGGGACUCCAAAAAACCUUCAUUAUUGCAACUAUGCAUUCCACAGUCCAAAACCAAAGAUGUGUGAAAUAAGGGACGAUAUUCCAUGUUUGUUUCUGGUGGGGUUUUUUUUUGUGUUGCUUUGUGGGCAAAAUGGCUAGUCUUAGGGAGAGGUGGGGUACAUAAAAGAUCCCAGUGGGCCCAGUACCUCAUAUGACUGUCUUUAAAAGACAAGGGAGACUCCUUGUAAGGUGAAACAAGGGGGAAUCUUUAUACAAGGUGUUCUAGGUACAUGCCACAGUUGUGCCCAUAAGCCAUCGGCCGAUAGGCAGAGUUCUUUCUCUGACACACUCAAAUGUUACUGAUACAGGAUGGUGACGAAACGGUGGCUUCGGCUCAUAGGGCUAAUGUUAUUGCGUAAUCGUGUUAAACUACUGUGGGAUAUACAAACAUGCCGAAUUGUACAGAAUCAUGCUUAAGCUGAAAACAUCCUGUAGGUUACAUACAUGGUACUUUCACAUUUAAAAAAUAAAUCAAAGAAAUGUCGUUGCAUGGGGAAAAAUCUUUAUGACUGAACAAAAUGUGACUUGCUAACUUUUGGUGGUACUUUUGUUUCAAACUUUUUGGUUUGUCGUUUUUUUUUCCUUCCAAUGUUUGACAUGAAAAGAAGCCCCAAUCUUAAAUGCUACUUCAGCAAUAUGAAUUAGGAAAUGAUAUUUAUAGGACUUUUGCUGUCGUUAGAUGAACAGAUGUGUAUAAUACUUCAUGGAUUCCAAAGAACAUUUACUUGGUUUUCCCUUGAUUGCAGGGAAAAGGCACAAAGAGCUAAAUGCAAAUCUUUGAAUUUGUUAAGGAUUUUUUUUUUAACUACGUGUAAGCAAUGAAUUAAAAUGGUCUAGAUUUCCCAUCACUGUUUUGUCUUGAUCCUAUUUUUCUAUUCGCCACUUGGUAAAAUAAAUCCUACGGAAAC